AUGGGAAAAGGAGCAUCAAGAAGCAUUCGAGGAUCUGAAGAAGGGAUUGUGCGAAGAAACAACCUUGACAUAUUUUUACCCCAAGGCGGAACACGAAGUCCAUGUCGACGGAUGUCCCCUCGGAAUAUCAGCAACAUUGGUGCAAAAGAGUGA